ACGGGGAAUAAAUCAAAAUGGUGGUUUCGCACAACGCGGAUGAUGUGGUGUAGGCAGACAACGGCGGCUCGCAACAUCGUGAUCGUUUCGGACAGACACGCGUGAAGCGCGAGCGUCAAAUAUACACGCAAUAAGCCGGAUAACAUGGGCGACCCGAAGAGCCAGCACGGCGGGCAGGAGAUGAAAGGCUGGCUUUUCAAAUGGACGAACUACUUGAAAGGUUAUCAACGGAGAUGGUUCGUCCUGUCAAACGGCCUCCUGUCGUAUUACAGGGCUGAACCGACAGGGGGGCCAAAGAUAUCAACGCGACGCAAGCGGAGGACUGGCAGGGCCUCCGAAAAUCCCGCGGAGAUGUCCCAUACCUGCCGCGGCACGAUUUCCUUACACGGGGCCUUAAUACAUACAGUGGACGCCUGUACCUUUGUCGUCAGCAACGGCGGCACGCAAACCUUCCACAUCAAGGCGUCGACCGAGGUGGAGAGACAGCAAUGGGUCACAGCCCUUGAACUGGCAAAAGCCAAAGCCAUCCAAGCGAUGGAAUCUGAAGAGGAAGAGGAAUAUCAAGAUAACGACAAUCAAAACGUAGAAACUGCGUCUGUGAUUAAGGAUCUAACGCGACGAUUGGACGAUUUGCAAGCGUGCAACGACUUAAUAUUCAAGCAAGGAUCUGCGCUUCAGCGAGCUUUAACCGAUUUGGAAACGUUAGACACUCCGUCCCCCGAAUUGGCGGCGAAAUUCAAGACUGUCAGUGAGCGAGCAACGCUUUUCCGAAUUGCGGCGAAUGCUAUGAUAAGCACGAGCAAUGAUUACUUGCAACUAGCUCAGCAACAGGAGCCUAAAUGGAAGAAGCUGCUGCAGCAUGAACGCGACCAAAAGGUGCGGAUAGAGAAGAUGGUCGAACAGCUAGCUAGGCAACAUUCUCAUUUGGAGGAAGCAGCGCAACACGCGAUUCCUUCAGCGACGCUUGGAGGAGGACAUAGACCUUCACAUCCCGCAAUUACGACAUCACCAUCGGAGGAUGAGGAGGAUAAUGCUGAGUUUUAUGAUGCGCAAGAGUCAGAUACUUUUACUCUAAGCAUACCUGGAGCCACGAGUAAUUCGAUUUCACACACGAGAGACCGCACUGAUUCUCAGGGUAGCGACGAUGGUUCCAGUUCAGAAGGGGAUCCAACGCCUUUGCCUGUUUCCGAUUCCACUGGUGCAGACUCGUUUCUUAUUGUGACCGAUUCUACAGCAGCACAGACUCCCUCACCCGUCAAGACCACAGACGACCUGGACAAUAUUUGGCAAGCCAACAAUGGCGGUAGCGGCGCCAGGGUGACCACAGUUUCCAAAAGGAAGCGAAGGAUUAAGGUACCUGAUAAACCAAAUUAUCCCUUGAAUCUAUGGAGUAUCAUGAAAAAUUGUAUUGGCAAAGAUUUGUCAAAAAUUCCUAUGCCAGUUAAUUUCUCCGAACCACUUAGUAUGCUUCAACGGCUGACAGAAGACUAUGAAUACGCAGAUAUACUUGAUAGGGCUGCGGAAUGUACAGAUAGCUACGAACAGAUGGCUUAUGUAGCUGCGUUCACUAUAUCUAGUUACUCUACAACCGCUACUAGAACGGGAAAACCUUUCAAUCCUCUUUUGGGUGAAACUUUUGAGUGUGAUCGUACAGAUGAUCUUGGAUGGCGGGCAAUUUCAGAACAAGUAUCCCAUCAUCCUCCUAUGCUAGCUCAACAUUGCGAAGGAAAGAAAUGGCGAUGCUGGCAAGAAUUUACAAUGGCCUCCAAGUUUCGCGGGAAAUAUCUGCAGGUAAUUCCUUUGGGUACUGCUCAUUUGGAAUUCAACAAUGGGGAACAGCACUAUACAUGGCGUAAAGUUACAACUACAGUACAUAAUAUUAUAGUUGGAAAAUUGUGGGUUGAUCAGAGCGGUGAUAUGGAUAUCGUAAAUCAUAAGGAAGGUAUCAAGUGCCAUUUGAAGUACAUCCCAUACUCAUACUUUUCGCGAGAUAGUCAGCGUAAGGUGAAAGGAAUAGUAAUGAAUUCUAAUAAGGAAGUCAAAUGGGUAGUACAGGGCACAUGGGAUUCGAAAAUAGAAAUUGCUCCAGUAAUCAGCACGUCUGGUACACCUGAUAAUCCGGUCUACAAGACAGGUCCCUACAUAUUGGCGUGGAAACGACGUAUGCCUACUGAUGACUGUGAAAAAUAUUACUCAUUCACGGAAUUAGCGUGUCAAUUGAACGAACCGGAAGAGGGUGUAGCUCCGACGGAUUCUCGAUUGAGGCCCGAUCAGCGAUUAAUGGAAGAGGGACGAUGGGACGAAGCUAAUGCCGAGAAAUUGCGUUUAGAAGAAAAACAGAGAGCGUCCAGACGAGCACGCGAGCACGAGGCCGAAAAUGCUGCCGCACAGGGUUUACCUUAUGAGCCGUACGAACCGUUGUGGUUCAAGAAAAAGCAGGAUCCGUAUACAGAUAGCCGUUGUUAUGUUUACAAUGGCGAAUAUUGGGAUUGUAAAAGUAGAGGUGAUUGGUCACGAUGUCCGAACAUAUUUUAGUUAAUUAUAUAAAUUAUAUUCGAUUAUAUAAUAUACGAGACUCGUCACACGUAUAUGCAGUGCAAACAAAUUUUGGAUCAUUCAAGUGACGAUAGUCGAGUUUAUACAAGUCGCGACCGCUUGUGGUGGAGACUUGAAUGCUUAUAAAAUAACGUUGACAUAAUAAUGGGAUUGUUAUAGGAUAUGGUAUAGCGAAAUUAUUUCUUCCAAAGUUGCUGGCACUCUGAUAUGUAUAACAUGCAGUUUGCGUAGUUGCAUAUCACAUCACUUUUGUAUUUCUUUGAUUCUCCCAUAUUUUUCUCCCUUCCUCUGUGCAGCAUUCUUUUGUUCUUCUCUUUUCAAAUACAAUUAGGAGCAUUUAAUCCAAUGCUUAUUUAAUAUGCAUUUGUAUGUUAUUAUUUUAUUUCAAGAUUUUGCAAAAUUAAUGUAAAUAGGUACUCUUAAAUUUUUCAAUCAAAUUAUAUUACAUAUUUAAAUUUUGCAUAAAUCAACUGUAUGUACGAAUUAAUGACGAAUUGAUGCUGAAGCGAGCAUCGAUAAAACUAAGCGAAUAUUUUACUACAUCAGCCUAAAACUGAGACAGCAAUAUUAUGAUCGUAGUGAAAGAAAUACUAUCAUCAUUAUCGGGGGGAAGGGGGAUGAUAAAGCUCAAUGUUCACUUUUAUAAUAUAUCCAGUACUCUCGAUUUAUUUUUAGAUGAAUACACACGAAUCUAAUUUUCCAGAAAUUAAUCCUUAUGUUUUAUCGAAAUUCGUCAUGCUACUAUAUGUAAAUGAAAAUUUUGUAUAUUUCAUCGCUUGAUCUAUUGCUGAAACAAUUAUUCAGAAAUGCACAGCGAGGAAUAAAAUUGAAUUUGUAUUCGAUAUAUAUUGAUGUAAAUCAAGAUGCAAUAUUUUCAUUUUUCAAUUUGUUUUUAUGAAAACAAACAAAAGAUAGGCAUUUUGAAGUAUCAAAAAAACUCCAAUUUAAUUUUGAUAUAUACAUAUAUUAGAGAAAGUAUGCCUGUAAUUAUGUCAUAAUAUUUCCCUCGCUACAUAUUUCUUGUUUGAUGCAGUAUGUAUUUGAAAUAUUCGAAAUAGAAAUAUAAAAAUACCGAUAGUAUUGUCCGAAUUAAGGAUGAAUAUAGAUAUUGUACAUUCGAAGGUUUAUUCAAUGAUUUCGGAUACACAAGCGCGCGAUAAUCUGAUCGCUGAUAUUUUAUGUAAUAUAAAUAUAAAUCGACAACUAUGAUGCUUCCAAGUUUGGCCAUUGUUGUUAUUGCAAAAGCCACGCCAUUACACAUGCUCGCGCAAACUUUGAGCCCGCUAGAUAGACAGAAUAUUUUAUUGAGCUGUAAUACGGUGCAGUGUCAUAUAUAUAUGUAUAUAUAUAUAUAUAUAUAUAUAUAUAUAUAUAUAUAUAUAUAUAUAUAUAUAUAAUGAAAGUAGAACGAUAAAGACACGAGAUACUUGAAGUGCGAAUUAUGCGAAGGCUCCUAAGUGCUGCUCCGCCUGAUUAAAUGAACCGAAAUCCUUAGCUGAAUUUCCGAUAGCUUCUUUUCCAAAAUUGCGCUAUAGUAUAGAAAUGUUCACACAUAAGCACGCAUGACUGAUUUAUAGCGAAUGAUUUGCGUAUGCAUCUAUGUAUGUAUGUAUAUGUAUGUAUGAAGUAUGUAUGCUGUCAAUACAUGCGUACACACAUGGUUAAUUGAUAAAACUUAUUGUAUAUCCCCCUUACUUAUGAGCACAUAGGCUGUUUCAUUCGCAACGUUAUCAGGUGUAUAGUUGUACCCAGCCGUGUGCACGAGUAUAUACCUCGACGAUAAGCCGAGCGGAAUGGCUAGCUUACAGCCAAUAUCUAUAAUGAUUAUUACAUUAAGUCCUCUCUGGCUGUAUUAUAAUUUUAAUAGUUUAUAUAAUAAUUGAGAUGAUUAUAUAUACAUAUAUAUAUAUGUAUAUUAUAUAUACAAACACCUGUAUACAUAUAAAUACACACAAAUUAAAUAUAAAAAUAAAUAAUUUACCAAAAAAAAAAAAAAAAAA